CCUCCAGGGCCCGGGGGGCCGGCUCAGGAUGCAGGGGGGCCGCCCCACCAAAGUUCUGCCCUCAGAGGAGGCCGAGCGCCCCCAGCAUUUGGGGCCCAGCCCCUCACCCUGGCCAUGCGGCCUGGGGCAGGACCGUGGCUCCAGAAACUCUUCCUGACCCCUGACCUCUGCCUCAGGCUGACUCCGGCCCCUCAGGCCGCCCUCCUGGGUGCCUUCACCCCCAGAGCCUGGGCCCCGCGGGGCAGAGGCAGGGGCUCGCUGGGAAGUUUGGGCCCUCCUGCACCCCGUAGCCGGGGCCCGGGGAGGGCUGGGGUGAGGGGGGCAGAGGCGGGGCAGCGUGUCCGUGGGGCCGGGGGCAGCCGGGCGCUGGGUGUGGCGGCCACUGCCCCAGGCGCGCUCUGUUUCCUGGGCAGCUCUGCGGCCAUGGAUGUGUUCCAGAAGGUAGAGAAGAUCGGAGAGGGCACCUAUGGGGUGGUGUAUAAGGCCAAGAACAAGGAGACAGGGCAGCUUGUGGCCCUCAAGAAGAUCAGGCUGGAUUUGGAAACCGAGGGCGUCCCGAGCACCGCCAUCAGGGAGAUCUCCCUGCUCAAAGAGCUUAAGCACCCCAACAUCGUCAGGCUGCUGGACGUGGUGCACAGUGAGAAGAAGCUUUACCUGGUGUUUGAGUUCCUCAGCCAGGACCUGAAGAAGUACAUGGACUCGGCGCCGGCCUCUGAGCUGCCCCUGCACCUGGUCAAGAGCUACCUCUUCCAGCUGCUGCAGGGGGUGAGCUUCUGCCACUCUCAUCGGGUCAUCCACCGAGACCUGAAGCCCCAGAACCUGCUCAUCAACGAGCUGGGGGCCAUCAAGCUGGCCGACUUCGGACUGGCUCGAGCCUUCGGGGUGCCCCUGCGCACCUACACCCACGAGGUGGUGACGCUCUGGUAUCGCGCCCCUGAGAUCCUCUUGGGCACCAAGUUCUAUUCCACAGCUGUGGACGUCUGGAGCAUUGGUUGCAUCUUUGCUGAGAUGGUGACCCGCAGAGCCCUGUUUCCUGGUGACUCUGAGAUUGACCAGCUCUUUCGAAUCUUUCGGACCCUGGGGACACCCAGUGAAGCCACGUGGCCAGGGGUCACCCAGCUGCCUGACUAUAAGGGCAGUUUCCCCAAGUGGACCAGGAAGGGGCUGGAGGAGAUCGUGCCCAGUCUGGAACCAGAGGGCAAGGACCUGCUCAUGCAACUCCUGCAGUACGACCCCAGCCAGCGGAUCUCAGCCAAGGCAGCCCUUGUGCACCCCUACUUCUCGUCUGCCGAGACCUCCCCAGCUCCCCACCAGUGCGUGCUGGAGCGUUUCUGCCGAUGAGGAGGUGGGAGGCCCUCUGCCUUGGGGCCUCUCUCCAGCUGCCUCCCUUCCCACUUCCCCCAAAAAGAGAACAAUCUGGGAGAGAGCAAAACUUUGAGGAAUUUGGCAUCAGCCUCCAGAGAGCUGAGUUUGGGUGUUAGUUUUGUCAGCAGGUUAGCACGUUCCCAUGAUGUUUGUUGGGUUCAACAGGGCCGGUUCGAGAUGGUGGUAGUUAGUCUGGCUCCCUGGUGCUGGAACAAUAGUUACCAAGGCGGGUGGGAAGCCUGCCCUCUGGCAGCGAGGCAGAGCCAGCCCCCGCCCCCCAGUGGAAGGGUGCCCCCUGCUGGUCUUUACGGCUUUAAUGUUUUGGGAGAAAAGCUGCAUUCCAGUUAAGAGUCUGAGUUAAACAGGGAGCAUGGCCAAGGACAGGGAGGAUAUUUUCCUGAUCCCAGCGUAGGUCGGGGUGUGUGGCGGGUUCUAAAUAGUUGUCUGUACUCAGGAUAUGCUUAUGUUCGUUUGCCUCUGGCUUUGAGAACAGGAAAUAAAAGUGAUGCGUUCCUGA